GCCGGUAAAGCGGUGGCAGAGACGGUGAGCAUUAGCCUGAGCGCGCCUGUCUGAUUGACAGUACUCGCAGAACUUUCCCGCGCAACGCACGCGCACUGUCAACGUAUUACAACAGUCGGAAGCGUUCCGAAAUUACGUGAUUCCAUUUAACGCACAUUCCCAUUCAAUAGUGUAACAAGCGAUAUUCCUUUAUUAUUUUGGCAAUACAUUACCUAAUCGGGUAUAUAACCUGUGUUUGUUUAUUGUGCUAUCGCGAAUAGUACUUCAAGUGAAAAAGCCAAAGAACGAAGGACGGAAAAACUGCGGAUUACAUUUUUUUUGGGUAAUAUGCGUCGACUAUACCUGACAGACAGACAUUUACGUGUGAUGCUGUGGUGCAUAUUGCUGGGACUGCAACCGACUUUCGCCGGUAUACUGGAUCCCUUCAAUUGGGCUCGCUCUGACCGCAUCGAGGUCAAUAUACCCUGGCUACCUUUUGAAAAUGAAACUCGGUGUUACGAUGAACUUGGCUGUUUAAACAUUACAAGAAGUUGGUAUCAUCUGAUCCACCGACCGUUCAAUGUUUUCCCUCUACCUAGAGUCGUUAUUAACACCAGAUUCAUUUUGUACACAAAGAAGAAUCCAACAGACGGUCAGAUCUUAAAUGUAAAUAUGAAUAAGACUAUCAUCAAGUCUAACUUCAGCCCAAAACGUUUAACGAAGUUGAUAAUACACGGCUUCAUAGACACGCCGCUAUCCAACUGGGUAAGCGAGAUGAAAGACGAGCUCGUGAAAGCAGAUGACUUCAACGUGAUAGUGGUGGACUGGGCGGGCGGCAGUCUGCCUCUCUACACGCAGGCCACAGCCAACACGCGGCUGGUCGGCUUAGAAGUAGCUCACUUUAUCAACACCUUACAGAAAGAUCAUGGACUAAAUCCACUGGAUGUACACAUUAUCGGCCACUCUUUGGGCGCUCACACCGCGGGCUACGCCGGGGAGAGGAUUCAAGGAUUAGGAAGGAUAACUGGUCUAGAUCCAGCCGAGCCAUAUUUUCAAGGAAUGCCUACACACGUUAGGCUAGAUCCUACUGACGCUGAAUUCGUAGAUGUCAUUCACACAGAUGGAAAAAGCAUAUUCCUAUUAGAUUUUGUAUUUAUGGCAGGAUAUGGGAUGUCGCAGCCGGUAGGGCAUUUAGAUUUCUAUCCCAACAAUGGGAAGGAGCAACCUGGCUGUGACCUCACUGAAGGCCCUCUGAUACCGCUCACACUCGUCAAGCAAGGCCUGGAGGAGGCCUCGAGAGUGCUCGUCGCCUGCAAUCAUGUCAGAGCUAUCAAACUGUUCACAGAAUCUAUUAAUGGAAAAUGUCCAUACAUUGGUCAUCAAUGUCCAUCUUAUCAACAUUUUCUGUCUGGCAAAUGUUUUCACUGUGGACAUGGUUGCGCCAUAAUGGGAUUCCACGCGGACAGUUCUCCAGGUCUCAUAACUAACAAAAACAAUCAGACUGAAAACGAAGUUUAUCCGUCUGAAGAACAAGAAACGAUUGGCGCUAAAUACUUUUUAAGUACCGGAAAAGAACAACCAUUUUGUCAUCGACAUUAUAAAGUUGCUAUACAAUUAGCCAAUCCAAAAGGAGCAGAAUCCUGGGUUCAGGGUUUCCUCAAAGUAACACUAAUGUCAGAGAGAGGUGUAAUCAGAGGAAUGGAUUUAACACCAAGUAACUAUGUUAAAUUAGAACAUGGAACGACAUACACAAUAGUAGUCACUCAUCCUAUGGAUUUAGGCGGUAAAAUAAGAAAAGUAGAGUUAUCGUGGGAGUACGACAUGAAUGUACUGGAGCCGCGAUCUCUGUGCAUCUUGUGGUGCAACGACCGUCUCUACGUCAAAUCGGUUCUCGUUGAUCAAAUGGAAUUACCAAGUAGAGGGAAAAGAAAUGUAGAUUUCAGCAGCAAAUUGUGCACGCCGAAACGAGAGUUUGCUGAAAUUCCCAACAGAGGCUCCGCAAGUUUCUAUGAUAACUGCAACAGAUAGCCAUAGUGCCAUACAAGUGACGCUAGCACCAUUAUUUAUUGCAAAUUAAUAAGGAAAGCUUUAAGUCGUCAAUAAUCAAAGGGAUCAAAAUCAGUGCCUCAAAUUGUGAUUCGUUGUUGCACUUUUGUGUGACGUGGUGUAUUUAAUGACUAAGUUAUGAACUUAAAUUUUCUUAAAUGUGAUGUUUGUUUACAACCUUGACGUGUAAUGAACAAUACUCGUAAGAAUCUGUGAGUUCCCUUUUGUCUCAUUAAAUAACAUUGUUAUUCAAUCAACGAUUAUUCCUAAGACUUUGUAAA